AGAGAGAGAGAGAGAGAGAGAGAGAGAGAGAGAGAGAGAGAGAGAGAGAGAGAGAGAGAUGGCACCUCGUCCACUGGGUGACGGUCAGAAACGGAAGUCCUGGUCUAUCAAGGCAAAGUUGGAUAUUAUCAACGAGUACGUGCCGGGUGUUAAAGGGAACGGGUUCGACAUUGUUGGGAGGAGAUAUAGGGUUGACAAAUCGACAUUGUGCCAGUGGGUAAUGCAAAAAGACAAGUUGGAGCAGGCUUUGAAAAAUACGAUGACGAACAGUAGAACGCAGCGGCGGCUUGGAGGUGGAGGGCGGAAGCCUCAACAUGAGGAACUGGAGGAGCAACUCGAGCAGUGGGUUUUGCAGAAGAACACAAGGGGUCUUAGAGUCAGGGAUCAAUACAUACAGGCAAAAGCUCGAUUGAUUUUUAAGCUGCAGAAGGAGAGGGGCGAGGUGGAGGAGGAUGCGGUCUUCGAUGGGUCAACGGGCUGGAUGGCGCGCUUUAAGCGCCGAAAGGGGUUUGUAUCGCGACGACACACAACCUCAAGGACCUUACCUUCCAAUGCUGCAGACACAUGCAGAGCUUUCAUUGACGAAAUUCAUAAUGUUAUUGACAAGCAUGGGAUUUCCCCGCUUAACAUUUUUAAUAUGGAUCAGGUCCCACGAUACUUUGAGACAGAGCCGUCAUCCACAAUCGCAAAGCGAGGGACACGUGAGGUGCUGAUGCGCAAAGCAAACAACUCACACAAACGCUUCACGGUCACUUUCACCAUCUCCAUGGUUGGUGAAAUGAUGAAGCCUCACCUUCUUUUCGCGAAAUUGGAGAACAAGCCAGGAGUGGAAGGGUCGGUGGCUGUUGAUGUUAACAUGACGGGGAUGUGGAGUACAGACACAAUCAUCUCAUUCAUCAACGACACAAUUGCAUCAAGGAAAGAGACGGCAUUUGGCCGCCAACCUGUUCUGCUGAUCAUUGAUAGUUAUGGACCUCAUGUGAAGGCGGUUGAGAGUGAAAGGUUGAAGAAGAUGAAUAUUCACGUCUGUAUUGUCCCUCCCAACCUAACGGGUAUUUUCCAGCCUCUUGAUGUUGCUGUGAAUCGGUCUUUCCAGCAAUCUUAUGGAUGCCAGUAUGAUGCAUACAUCUCCAAGGCUUUGGAGGACCCGUCCUUGCAGACAAAGAUGGGCAAUCCGAAGUCCCCGACGUACCAGAUGGUUGCAAAUUGGGUCUGCCUGUGGGCAAAAACAAAGACAAAGGAGGAUAUCGCACAAGCAUUCGCAAUGUGUGGUUUGGUGUGCAAAGAAGAUUUUGAUGUGGAGAAGUUGCACCCGCCGCUGAGAGCAGUGUAUAACGAUGUGGUCAACAUUGACGACUGAAAUGAUCAAUAUGCUGAUGACUUUGCUGAGGCACCAGUGCCUGUGAACAUGAAUUCGCUCACUGCCCCAUAGUACUUUAUUCCAGAGGAUAUGUUUGACGGUCAGCCUAAUAAUUACUGGCAAUGCCUUCGUCGGGCUGUGUUGGGUAGAGCAUCAUCCGUUACUUGUGCAGAGUUCCGCUCCAACACUGUGAGUUACAUGAAGACAAUGGAAAUCCUUGCUGACACCACUGACAAUGCAUACUUCGUUGAUCUUGCAUCCGGUACGACCUGCGAUGAGGAGUACAUAGCUUGUGCAAUUAGUGAGAUCCACAACGUGA